AUGUCGUGGCCACUGUGGACUAAAAUUGCAAUUUUUAUACUUUUGUUAGUGGAUAUCGACGGUGCUAGAAUUUUGGCAUACUUUCCUACACCAUCGAUAAGUCAUCAAGUAGUGUUCCGACAUGUGACAAAAGAGCUUGCAAAACGAGGGCAUGAAGUCACUGUCAUAACAACUGAUCCACUUCCAAAAGAAGAAGUGCCCGCAAAUUUAACAGAAAUUGAUGUCCAUGAUGUAUCAUACAAACAUUGGGAGGAAUUAUUUUUAGUUCACACAGGAAACCGAAAAGAUGUUAAUCAACAAAUAAAUAUAAUAUUCGAGAAAAUGGCAACAACAAUUAAAAUACAGAUGGAUACACCAGCUGUUCAAAAAGCCUUAUCGAAGAAGCAUAAGAAAUAUUUUGACUUACUUCUGCUCGAAGCUAUGUAUCGUCCGUUGCUUGGUAUCGGUCAUAUGUUCGAUGCUCCAAUCGUUCAUAUUAGUUCGUUUGGUGGAGUUCCAUCUAUGUAUGGUAUUUAUGGUGCACCAACGCAUCCUUUGUUAUAUCCCACAGCCUCAAGACAAAGAUCAUACAAUUUAACUCUUUGGGAAAAAGCAGUAGAACUUUUUAGGCAUUUAGCAUUAGAAUAUAAAAUUUCAAGUAUGUUGGAAUUUGAUUACCAAGAAAUGAAAAAAGCUUUUGGAAAUGAUAUUCCAAGUAUUGAACAAUUAGCAAGCAAGAUAAAACUAUUGUUGCUGAAUGAACAUCCAAUUUGGGCUUCAAAUCGACCAGUACCACCAAACAUAGAAUUCAUAGGUGGUAUACAUCAAAGUGAAGAAAAAGAAUUGCCUUAUGAUUUGAAAUCAUAUUUAGAUUCUUCAAAACAUGGUGUGAUAUAUGUUAGUUUUGGCACAAACGUGUUACCAUCGUUAUUACCACCAGAGAAGAUUCGAAUAAUGACCAAAGUAUUCUCUCAACUACCUUAUGAUAUUUUGUGGAAAUGGGACAAGGAAGUGUUACCAGGAAAAUCAAAUAAUACAAAAAUUGGUCGUUGGUUUCCACAAAGCGAUCUUUUGAAGCAUCCGAACGUAAAACUUUUUAUAACUCAAGGAGGGCUUCAGUCAGCUGAUGAAACUAUCAAUGCGGCUGUACCUGUAAUUGGUAUGCCGAUGUUAGGAGAUCAAUGGUUUAAUGUAGAAAAUUAUGUUCACCACAAAGUUGGAUUACAACUUGACGUAACGACGCUAACAGAGGAGGAAUUUCGAGAUGCUGUAUUAACUGUAAUUAAUGACAAAAGUUUUAAGAAUAAUAUCGUCAGACUACGAUCGCUCAUGAGAUCGUUUCCGAUCAGACCAUUAGAUAAAGCCGUUUGGUUAAUAGAACAUAUCAUCGAGUAUGGCGGUGAUCACCUACAAACUCCAUCGCGUGGUUUGACUUUGGCGGAAUACUACGAAAUCAAUCUAAUACUCGUGUUUUUGUUUAUAUUGUUAAUAAUAUCUGUGACGGUAGCUUGUGCUUUAAAAGUUGUCUUAAGCAUCGUUGUUCCUUGUAGAAUGUUAUUCAGUAAUUUAAAGGCGUAA